UGAAGAACUUCCCCAAAAGCAACAAAGCAUUCAGAACAAAAUCCAAGUUCCUAUCCUCAUUAAAAACACCAAACAAAAUAGUUUCUGCUGACAAAGGGAAAUCAAUGUUUUUGGACAGUAUACCAUUCUGGUAUGCUCUAUGGUAGCUGACGGAAGUUGAGUAAUCUGCAUGAUCGAAAAUACUCUCAACUCGUUGAAAUCUUGACAGAUUUACAAAUGUUUUUUUUUUUUUUUUUUACUACAGACCUUAAUAACGUGGCUAUGAGUCAGGAUGUUUGGACGUAUAGAAAUGGCAGAUUUUCUUGGAGAAAGAAGAAUUACAGUAUAGUUAUUUCAUAACUUUUGCACAUGUGGUCAGGGCUGAGACCACAAUCGAGAUUUUAAUUUCUUGUAUGACAGACUAUUAGACCGUAGCAAAAUGGCCGCCAUGCGCAGACGUCGGUCUCCAUUGGCUAACAGCGUGCGUGAGCCAUCUAGCGUUUAUGUAUAUAUCUAUAGUCCAACCAUAAAGUGCUAUACUAUCAAAACCAUACCGGCGGAUAAACGGGAGACGCUCUAAUUAAAACCAAGCGCCUCUCUGCAGUCGCGCGCAAGACCUGACACCGGAAGUACUUCGUUUGAUUGCGGUCGCGCACUGCCAAGGAUUAGCGCGAGCGUGCAGCGGCAAACCGAAUUUAUAAUCAAAACACUAUAGAAACAAAAAACAGAUCGGUAAAAACGCUAAACUAAAGCCAGUUGCGUUGCCGUUUCAUUGACGGGAGGGAUUUUUUCAGUGACCUUUCUCGUUUACUUGCACUGUCGUACAAGGUAAGGCUAACUCUGGUUAGCUUUGUAUGCUAACAUAAACACGUUUUAACAGACACUUCAAAUCAACACAGACUUUCAGCUUUUAGAGAAUAUGUAUCAAUAGAGUAUUGGGAUAUUAACCGAUAGUUUACAGUCAUGUUAAAUACUGUGUGUUUAUGUAAAUGACAGGUUUAUCAUGUUGACUCUGAAUGAAGCUGCCAGGUCUUUGUGGUCAUGUUGUGAUAAACUAAAACAUCUGGAGGGUUUGAUUUUCAUCUGUUAGAGGGGCGGUGACAGUGUCAUUAAUACCAUUUAGUUAUGGUUACACACUAUACACCAGCAGCAGUCAGUGCAAUAAUAUGGAGCUGAUCAUGUCGUUCAGGUCCAUUCUAUAGAGUCAGGUACAAAUAUGACUUUACCCUAAAAAAAAUCCAACAAAAUGUUUCUCAGCUGUUUUUUUUUCAUAGUAUGAUAUGUUCUUGAUAACAAACUAAAAGUUGAGUAUUUUCGCAUUUACAGAGUGAUAAAAAAAGAUAUCCAAAGUCCCCUCCUCCCCCCUCUUUUUACUUCAAUAUGUCUACAAAAUAAAACAAGAAUCUUAAAAGGGGCUUCAUCUAUUGUUCAGUUUUCAGUUUUGGAAAUGUAUGUAAAUUAGUGCAUAUUUAAUUAGAUAUUACCUAAUUUAAAUAUUCAAACAAAACAUUUGACAAAACUUGUAAUACAAAAAAUAUUUGCCUUCAUGUAAGUUAUAAGCUUGUGAAGUUUCAUGGUGAUAUCUGUUUGUUAAAAAUGUUACCCUAUUCACCUGGAGUGUCUUCCUACCCAUCAUGGACGCCAUCUUAAAAAUGACACCUUUCUAGCGGUCAAACUUUGGUAAACUUUUAGUUUGUUAUAAAGGACAUCUUACACUAUAAACAACAGUUGAGAAACCUUUAGUUAGACUUUUUUUUAGGGUUAGGUGUUUUUUUUUCAUAAAUGCAGCGGCCUCAUAGCACUCUCCAGAUAUUGGUGUAGAACACUAGUUAGAUUGAGGUCCAACACAUCUGUCUUUGACAGGCUGAAAAAGCAACUGACUUGGACAAAUCCACAUGUCACUUUGUUGUUGUUGUUGCAGAUGAGUGGUGGUCCCGAUGCCAACAAAGAGUUUAUGGAGCAGCUGCGUUUGCAGGAACUUUACGGUCAAAGACCUGCAGACGGCUCUGAUCCCUACACCUACACCGACCCGGAGGAUGGGACUGUGUAUGACUGGGACCACGAAAAGAAGGCCUGGUUCCCUAAGGUAGGAGAGUUUUUUUUUUACAUCACAUAAGGAUCGAGAAAUCUUCCAAUUCCCGAUUCAGAUAUUCUUCUCCUUCACCGUAUUUUGCCUGAAGUCACUGACAGGUUUUCUUGCAUGUGGAUAUAAUAAUUGGAAAGUGAAAGCUGACACAAGAAGAGUAACUUCGACCAGAGCCUCUUCAAUAGGUUUGCUUCGUUUCUCUAGAUAACAGAGGACUUCAUCGCAGCGUACCAGGCAAACUAUGGCUUUACUUCAGAAGGGAAUCCAGAUCCAAACAACGCUGCUGUGAGUAGCACUGACCCUGCAGCACCCGAGCAAGUCAGCAAGCCUUCAGAAAAGGAGAAACCAAAUGACACCACCAAGAACCUGAAUCCAGACCAGACUGAGGCUUCAGCUAAAGAACCCAAACAGAAAGGGGAGAAGAGGAAAGCAGAGCCAGGUAGAGCAGCGUCACAAACCAAAGAUAUGAGGAAAACCUGUGCAGUUACUUUCAAUACUUCAGCUUACAUUCAUGGUUGUUUGUUCACAACUCAGAGCCAGAUGUAUAUCUUGUAAAAGGCACUUCUAGGUAAAUAUUUCUUUUCUUUUUUCUGUCUAUGAAGGAUGGUUCGAUAUCGAUGACCAUAAAAACACAAACGUCUACGUCUCAGGUUGGUAGCAAAAAUACAUAUUUGUUCCUGAUGUGAAGAAGACAGCUGUCCCAUUUCUUGUUUUCACUCUCUCUCAUUUCUUGUUUCCUCUCUCAGGCCUGCCACCUGAUAUUAGCUCCGAUGAAUUUGUUGAGGUGAUGUCUAAGUGCGGCAUCGUGAUGCGGGACCCAAUCACUGAAGAGUACAAAGUGAAACUUUAUAAGGACAAAGAAGGGAACCUAAAGGGAGACGGCCUCUGCUGCUACCUCAAGGUUUGUGCGUUCAUCGAGAUACUUGAGGGCCUGAAAGACAUCAGAAAGUCUUCUAAGGCUGAGCCCGGCCACCCUGCAAAGGAAACCCAUUUCGGCCGCUUGUAUCUGUGAUCUUACUCUUUCGGUCAUUACCCAAAGGUCAUGACCAUAGAUGAGGGUCGGCACGUAGAUCGACCGGUAAAUCGAGAGUUUUGCCUUAAGUUAUUCUUAAAAUGUUGAUCUUAUUGUGAAACAGGGAUGUGACUCCUCUAGAUUCUCUGACUUGAAGAUCUGAUCGGUUACCCUUGUUUUAUCUUAUUAGAGGGUAACAAACUAGUACAAAAGAGAGAGUCUAAGUUUGCUGAAGUUUGUGAUGAACUUUGCCUGUUUUGAAACUAACUGAGCUCAGCAGUGAUAGCUGUUUAUGUUUAUGACUGGUUUUGUGCAUCGACUUCACAGUGGAUUUACAGUUCAGUGUUGAUUUAGUUCUGGUUAGUUCCUUGUUUCUGUGUGACGAUGUAAUUAGCUGUGACCAGUUUAAUGUCACUCAGAUCCACAAUUUAUUUGACAGAUUGCUGCUUUUUUUUUGUCCAGAGGCCAAUCACAUCCCCUGGGUGAAAGCAUGGUGAACUUAUCAAACAGACAUUGUAAAGCAGAGCUCUUUCCAUGAUAGUGUUUAAAGUUUACAGUGAGUCAAAGCUGAGGGUGAGAGAUGAGACGAAUUUUUUCCCCGUGGAUUUUAAGUCGUGAAAAAGCGUCAUGUGCCCAGCUCUUAAACGCAGAGAAAAGACACUAAAAUAAAAACAAGGGAAAGAAAAUUUGCUAUCAUACGAACAUAUUCAGACACACUGACAACUCCUCAUCUUCAACAUAUCUGUAUUUCCAGAGGCUGUCAUCUGCCAUAAACUGUCCUAAUUUACUUCUGGUAACUGAUAGUAACCAAGCUUAUCAACACCCAAUGUUACUCUGUUUAUGGAGUUUCUUUUCAAAUCUGUUUUAAGACUAAAACGAAAGAAUCACAGGUGAAAGUUUGAGUUUGUUGUUGUAUGAAACUCCAGCGUGUGUGUGUUCUGGUCUCUUGCAGAAGGAGUCAGUGGCGUUGGCUGCGCGUCUGCUCGAUGAGUCAGAAGUCCGGGGUUACAGACUGCAUGUGGAAGCGGCACGGUUCGAGCUGAAAGGCCAGUACGACGCCAGCAAGAAGAAGAAGAAAAACAAAGAUUACAGGAAGAAGCUGCAGCAGCAACAAAAGUAAACUUCCCUUUCUGACGUCUCAUUCUGCUGCUGACGCUGACGUUAAUGAGGAGUAAUUGUGAAUUUCGUUCUGAACUCAUUCGAAUUCUGUCUGUUUUUGUUUGUUUAGACAGUUGGACUGGAGGCCGGAGAAACAAGGAGAUCAGAGGAAAAGGCAUGAAAAAGUGGUCAUCAUCAGAAACAUGUUCCAUCCCAGUGACUUUGAGGUGCAGAGAGACAAAAGUCAAGACUUAGAAACUCGUCUGUAAACAGUCCUGAGACUGUAUUCAUGUCAGUUCUUUUUGUAUUUGUUGGUUUAUGUUUAUUUUAGGAAGAUCCGCUGGUGUUGAAUGAGUAUAGAGAGGACCUGCGAACUGAAUGUGAGAAGUUUGGAGAGGUUAAGAAGGUGAUCCUGUUUGACGUGAGUAUCCUGAUCAGAGCUGCAGUGUAUUGUUUGUCAGGGGGCGUCAACACAGAGCUGGUACCUGCUUGUCUUCGUGUUGCAGAGACACCCAGACGGUGUGGCGUCAAUUGCAUUUAAGGAACCAGAGCAAGCAGACGCGUGCAUCCUGUCAUUCAACGGUCGCUGGUUUGGAGGGCGUCAGCUGUCAGCUCAGCUGUGGGACGGACAGACGGACUAUCAGGUAAAACCACAUUUAACCACAUUUAUGGUAUGGUCUUUAUUGUCAUUGCAACUGUGCACAACGAAAUUGCAUUUACAGAUGGGGAAAGUUCACACAGGAGGGAGGGAGAGGAGGAGGUAAAAAAGAGACUGCUCUCAUUAAUAUGAGUGCAGUCAUAGGACUUGACCCAGCAGAGGACCUGUACUGAUUUAGGUCCAUGAUUCUUUAUGUCCAGUCUGGUCCUGGAUCAGAGAAAACUUUGACCUGAGAUCAGAUUGCAUAAGCUCAAAACUUGAUCGUACAGAGAGGCUUCAGUUUUGGAUAAAAUCAUAGCUGAGCCAUCGUUUUCUUUCAGGUGGAGGAGACUUCACGAGAGCGGGAGGAGCGACUGAAAGGUUGGUCUUCUUUCCUGGAGGAAGGCAAACAAGGCCAGCAGAAUGACACCACCAAGCCAACAGAGGGCAGCACCACCACCACCACCACCACUGUAGAACCCACAGAGCCGUCCAGCACCACAGCGCCUGAACAACAAAAACAACCAGAGACAGAACCACAGACAUUACAAGAUCAGGACGCUGACUCUACAGACAGCAGUCUGGCAGGUAGUGAUGACGAGGAAACCUAAACGCAGUGAUGCUCGCCUUUGGUCCGAAUGACAGCCAAUCAGGAGAGUCCUGCUCAGAGGUAAACUGUGGUACGGACUGACUGAGCAGUUUUGUAAAGUAGAGAAUAAAACUGUGAUAUUUCUCACUCUAUUUUCAUGAUUUCAGUCGACUGUGUGAUCAGACCCAGGAUCAGUUUUUCAACAGGAUUGUGCUGAAGCUGCCCGAUAUUAUUGAACCAAUCCCCAACAAGAAGAAAUGACUCUUCUCUUUAUUUGAAGUGUGACAAGACUGAUUGAAGUAAUGAUGAAGCACCAGUGUGCACUUAUAUUUUCCUCUGAUACUGAGAGUUCAUUCAUGUAUUCAGUGUAGAGAAGCUAAAUAUAGAUCAGCCGCCGUCAGAUUCAGGGCUUUUAGAAAACAGUUUUGAUUUUCUUAAAUUCUGACUUUUUAUUGCAGUAAUCUUGCUGUUGCAUAUGAUAACUGCUCAGCCACCAGACUUUAAAAGUUCACACAAAAACUGCAGAUUUUCUGUUAACUAUCUUGAGGAUUAGAGAAAUGAUAGAAAAUAGCAUCAAAUAUCCAUUAAAAUAGACAGGUCGACUUUGCUCACAUCAUGGAGUUAUCUAAACAAAUAACAUAUUAAAGGUUGUGGUGUAAUGGUUUUUGUUUUGCCUAAACCUUAAUAAUGGUUGCCAGGGAAACAGAUAUGAAGUUUUUUUUAAUGAUAAUAAACUUAUUCUGGAGUAAUGGACUCUAGGUUAUGUGGAGGUCAUGGGUAACCAAUCAAAACAGACCUCUACACUAGGGCUUUAAAUCGGCCAGUUUUAGCCCGUUUGAGACUAAUCGGUAAUAAAAUGAAUAAAAUGCAGAGAUUAAGA